AGUCCGCAAACCCGCAGCUCCACGCUCCAACCAGAGCGCCCGGCCCUGCGCUCCCAAAGGCCGCCGAACGCCUCCAGUUCCGAGGGCGCCAUGAGGAACCGAUGCUGCGCCCCUCUGCUGCUCCUGCUGCUGCUGUCGCCGCUGCUGCUCACGCCCCCCGCGGGGGACGCCGCCGUCAUCACCGGGGCUUGUGACAAGGACCCCCAGUGUGGUGGAGGCAUGUGCUGUGCUGUUAGUAUCUGGGUUAAGAGCAUAAGGAUUUGCACACCUAUGGGCAAAGUGGGAGACAGCUGCCAUCCACUGACUCGUAAAAACCAUUUUGGAAAUGGGAGGCAGGAAAGAAGAAACAAGAAGAGAAGAAAAAGGAAAACAGAGGUUCCAUAUUUUGGGCGGAGAAUGCAUCAUAUGUGUCCAUGUAUGCCUGGCUUAGCCUGUUUACGGGCUUCAUUCAACCGAUUUGUCUGUUUAGCCCAAAAGUAAUCACUUUAGAGUAGAAAUUUUAAAUGUAAACAGCCACGUGAUUUCUGUAAAGUCUAUUUUUUUUGUGAUUGUACCAAAAAUUGGUAUGCCAGAAAGAAAUGCUAUUACUUCCUCAACUUUUCAAGUAACCUUUCUAGCUUUGAUUUCUUUUGCAGAAGCUUAUUCUACUUUAUUUUUUUGCUUUUAUUUUUUAUUUUUAGUUUAUUUUAAUUGUUGUUCAAGUACAGUUUUCUGUCUUUUACUCCCAACCCAGCCCACCCCCCUCUAGCUUUGAUUUUUAAAUGACCUCUUUUUAUUGAAAAAAUUUAAAUUUUGGAUAGAAUGUAACAUGCAAGAUGUUAGAGAAUUGGUUCUCAUUUCCCUGUUUGUUUUGAUUUGGUUUUGCUUUUUAAAAUGCCAACAAUCUAUUUUCACAAAAAUGAGGAGAAUAAGAAUUUGAUAUCUUGUUACAGAAACCUUUUUUUUUUUUUUAAACUCUCUUUCUCCCAAUCCUGCCCCACUACACAUACACACAUCCUUGUUUACCCUUCGGUCCCUUGUCUCUCACUCAUCAAAGAAUUUUAAGGACCUCAGUUUAUUCUUUGCCAUUUCUCUCCCUGCCCCUCUGGCAUUUAAAAAUGUAAUUGAGAAGGGGUGGGAGUCUUGUCCAUAUCCUUCAGCUUGCUGGCAGAGUCACUGAUGGGAAUCAAGUUUUUUACUGAUACUUAAACAGUGAAGAGUGUAUAGUUGAACUAGACACUCCAAACUUACAUGGAAUGGAGGUUGGGGUGCUGCUAAACAUUCCACUGAACCAGUCUAUGCAAAGGGGACCUCAGGUCUGCUGUAUGACUAUAUGAGGACAGAAGUAAUGGAAAGUCAAAUUAAUUUAGUUCAGAUUUGUAGACUUGGGUUUUUUUUAAAGAGUUUCCAGUACAAUAACAAUUUUCAACCAGUGUGCUGUAAGAAUUUUAAAAAUAUGCAGUACCUAGCUAUUGAGUCAAGGACCCUGACCUUUUUCCCCUUAGACUGUCAAAUAAAAAAAAAAUGACAACAGCCAACACAACAAUAGCUAUCUUGUGUGAAUGAAUCAAAAUUAUAUCUAUUUUUGUCAGAUCAGCAAAACAAUAAUAUAUUUUUGGCAUGCUACAGAAUUUUAGUAGUUUAUGUGUGCCAUGAAAUAAAAAAGGUUGAAAAUCUCUACAAUACAGUAUUACAUUUAUUUCUUUUUAUGAAGUUCAUUUUGUUAGAAAAGUCUCAGAGUUAGAGAUGUUCCCUAAAAUGUCACUUGGAGAGGAAAUAUUGAUUUUUACCUGGCAUAACACUAGUUAUCACUUUUAAGUUGGUAUUAAGUUGAAUUUAAACUUCAUUUGUAAUCUAAAGUUCUGUUAUAAUGGAUUGCCUAACAUCCUGCCAUUUGUACCUGUAUCAAUAUUGCUGUGUGCAAAUUCUGUAUCAGAAUAAUGACAGUAUUGUAUAUUAUUUGAUUUUAACAUUAUAUCCCUAUUUUUGUCACUGUUGUCUUCAGUUUUUAUCACAAGCAUAUUUUCAUAUAGCCAACAAUUGGCAAAGACCCUUCAGUUAGUAAAAUAAAUAUAGCACUAGUAGUAUGGUGCAUUUUUAUUUUACAUAUAGGAAAGUUCUGUUUGUAUGAAUUUUGAGGUAGUGCCAAAAAACUGUGUAAAUCAGUAAAGUUUUGGAACACGAGGGGAAAUUAUGACAUACAAAACUGAUUACAAUCAGAAAUGGACUCAUGAGAUUUCACUGUUUGACUCAGCCAACGUGAUGGAGUGUUCAUCAUGGGUGCAUAGGCAGGGUGCUGGGUGCUAGCCGUCCAGUGAUGCUAAUGUAGCCUGACCUUGAAUAACCCACCAGGUAUAAAUGGAGUCAGCAUCACAAAUAAACAAUUUAUGAACUGUGUUUCACUGACUAACUAUGACCAUGCCAAUCUAUGAACUGUUUUUUAAAAAGUGUUCAUUUUGUAUUUAUUUACUUAGCCAGGGUUCAGAAUUGUACAUUGUGUGUAACUUCACCCCUGAGCUAACAUGCUCAUAAUGUAUGGAAUUUUGCUGUACUGAUGACCAUACUUGGUCACAGAAGUAUUUUUGGUUCAGUUUAGUCUGUGUUCAAGAAGCAUUCCUUAGCAGGGGUGUCCAACCCAAAGCCCACGACAGGCUGCAUGCAGCACAGGGUGGCUAUGAAUAUGGCCUAAUGCAAAAUUGUAAAUUUACUUAAAACCUUUAAAUUUUUUUGCUCAUAAGUUUUCAUUAAUGUUUGUGCAUUUAAAAUGUGGCCUAAGACAACUCUUCUUCUUCCAGCAUGGUCCUGAGGCACUUAAAGUUUGGACACCCCUGCUAGGUCGUUGGAAAAAAUAUUAGACUUUAGCAAGUGCAAUUAUCUGCAAAGGAUCAGGUACUUCAGCAAUUUUGCUAAAUGUUAUUUUCACAUAAUGUUCAAUAUAUCCUUUUAAAUAAGUGGUCAAAACUGAAUUGGAUCAAUCAUUCUUUUUCAUCUAACUUAGAAAACAUGUAAUCACCUUUUUUUAAAACUUUGUUUUUACAAAUACCAACUCAGUUUUUUUUAAGUGGUAGACUGAAUGUACAUAGUUAAAAGAAUGAGGUGAAGUUUGUGUAGAAAACUUAGCACUGGUACCUACUGACUCACUAUCAUGCAAAGAAAAACAGAACUUUGUCAUUUGUUACCUCUCCUUUUGGUUAUUAUUUUUAUUAAAGAAUAAUAUUCCCUUUUUAUUGUAUAGUUCUGUUUGGCUAUUAUUUUAACCUCUUACCAAAGCUAGCACCUUUCAAAUCUUUCCAAAAAACUUGUAUUCAGCCCUUAUCAGUGUGUCUCAGUAGGUUGGGUGUCAUCCAAGAAACAGAAAAGUCACUUGUUCAAUUUCUGGUCAGGGCACAUGCCUAGGCUGUGGGUUCUGUCCCCAGUAUGGGCACAUAUAAGAGGUAACUGAUCCAUGUUUCUCUCUCACAUUGAUGUUUCUCUCACUGUCUUUCCUCCU